AGGAGGGUCUGGCAGGAUGGACACUCUUUGACAGCACUCAGAUCUCCGCACAUCUCAGCUGCGCGCACGUCCCUCGGUUUUCUCUGGCAACAGCAGCGGCACCUGUCGAGCUUCAGGCUUCAGUCAUGACAGGAGGAAAAAGCUCCCGUCCUCUUUCUGUGCUGGUCUGCUUCAUCGCUCUGUGGCACACAAGGUCAAGAGCAGAUUCUAAAUCAUCACAGAACUCCAAAGACAUUGCAACAUUCACCAGGAUCCUCGACAGUCUCCUGGAUGGGUAUGAUAACAGACUCCGACCCGGUCUUGGAGACCGAGUGACAGAGGUAAAGACAAAUGUCUACGUGACCAGUUUUGGACCAGUGUCUGACACUGAUAUGGAAUACACAGUGGAUGUCUUCUUCCGUCAGAGCUGGUUAGACGAGAGGCUGAAGUUUCAUGGACCAAUGAACACCCUUCCGCUCAACAACUUGAUGGCCAGUAAGAUUUGGACCCCUGACACCUUCUUUCAUAAUGGCAAAAAGUCUGUGGCACACAACAUGACCAUGCCCAACAAGCUUCUGAGGAUCAUGGAGAACGGAACGCUUCUUUACACCAUGAGGUUGACCGUUCAGGCUGAAUGUCCCAUGCAUCUGGAGGACUUCCCGAUGGACUCACAUUCGUGUCCUCUGAAGUUUGGCAGCUAUGCCUACACUAAGACAGAGGUAACUUACAUCUGGACAAGAAAUGCCUCUCAGUCAGUAGAUGUGGCUGAUGAUGGAUCCAGGCUCAACCAGUAUGACUUGGUGGGUCAGACUGUUGGAAAGGAGACCAUUAAAUCCAGCACUGGUGAAUACACAGUAAUGACAGCUCACUUCCACCUGAAGCGGAAGAUCGGAUACUUCGUAAUUCAGACGUAUCUGCCCUGCAUCAUGACCGUCAUCCUCUCCCAGGUCUCCUUCUGGCUCAAUAGGGAAUCGGUGCCAGCUAGAACUGUAUUUGGCGUGACCACUGUCCUCACAAUGACAACCCUCAGCAUCAGUGCGCGUAACUCUCUGCCGAAGGUGGCCUACGCUACUGCAAUGGACUGGUUCAUUGCUGUCUGCUAUGCCUUUGUCUUCUCUGCACUAAUUGAGUUUGCUACAGUUAACUAUUUCACCAAGCGAGGCUGGGCCUGGGAUGGAAAAAGUGUUGUCAAUGAAAAGAAAAAAGAAGCUGCUGUUAUGAAGAAGAACAACGCCUAUGCUGUUGCUGUGGCAAACUAUGCGCCCAACAUUACCAAAGACUCCACGCUGCCCACCAUCUCCAAGUGCACUCUGAACGAGCCCAACAAGAUCAUAGCAGAGUUGAAGCCUGAGCAGAACAAGAAAACCUUUAACAGCGUCAGCAAAAUUGACCGCAUCUCCCGUAUUAUGUUUCCUGUGUUGUUUGGCACCUUCAAUCUGGUCUACUGGGCCACCUACCUAAACAGAGAACCUGUCAUCAAAGACCUAGAUCCUUCUAAAUGAGCAGCAGGAUUGUAGUGCAACAACACGCCACAGAUUCAGGAGAUGAGUUUUUUUUUUUUUUUUUACCAGUUCUGGUUUGUGUUGUGUUUUUCUUUCUAUUGGCCGAGGUACACAUUUAUAGUUAAAGACACACAGAAUUAUUAUUAUUUUUGAUGACAUUAGAGUUUUUGUGAAGUGAUUAUAUUAUCACUUCACAAAAACUA